AACAGAAACAGAUACGAAAAUAAAAAAAGUAACGGUAAUGGAUCAAGCUUCAGAAAAAAAUACUAGCAUCAGCAUUUCUACCGGUGAACAAAAUACUGUCCCUGCAGAAAAGUUUGCUAAGCACAAAUCAGAUGAACAUUCUGCGGUCAGUUGUGAUCUUCGAGGAAGUAGUAAUAAGGAUUCUCGUGAAGAAAUGAAACAAGAAGAUGAUGAUGUUAAACCAAGUUCUGCUAGAGAUGAAGUUGAUACUUCUAAACAAAAAAAUGAUAGUGUAGAAAAAGAAGGAUCAAACAACGACGACAAAAACCAAGAGGAAAAAUAUGAUGUAGAUGAAGAACACGGAGUAGGACUAUAUUGUGAUGAAGAGGAUAAUCCCUUUGAAGAUGUUUACGAAGAGUUAGACUCAGAUAGAGAUGAUGAUUAUUAUUAAGGCUGCGUAACAAAAUACCCGCAAAGAUAAAAUAUCCGAACGUCCAUAUCUCAGUAACUAAUUAUCACACAGAAAAAGAAAGAGUAGUUUCAAUAAUUACAAAAAAUGGUUUUUUGAACAAAAAAAAUUCUUUUUCUUCUGUUAAGAUAAACACGGGUAUUUUAUCUCCGGCUUUUUUGUCGUGUUACCAUUACACAUAUAGAAAGGUUUGUUUGAAUCGAAAGAAAAAAAUUUUAUAAUAAGGAA